UGGUAUGUUCCAAGUUGAUGUCAGAAGCCUUGGGGGAUCCGUGGGAGUUGACGGACAGCGGUCGUGUGUUGUUUUGGUGUGAAAAAUCCAGAUUUUAAUCCAUUUGUUAAACAUAAAGCCAAGGAAGACGCACAAGAAUGGCGCUAAGGGAAGGAGCUGCUUAAAUGGUUUAACGGGAAGCAGACAUCAGAAAGCUGAUGAGGCCGGCUUUGAAAAGGAAGAUCACAAUCAGGAAUCCUCAAGGCAGAAGGAGAAGGGUUCCACAAGGACAGCACGACUCCAUCACACCUGCUGCCUAGGAAAAUGGUUGGACAUGUGACUUGCACAGGAAGCCAGUGUUUCAUCCUAUUGUGAAAAAAGGUCACCGGCAACAAUCUCCCGGGAAAGAUGUCGUGACCAGCAGUGGCAUUCAGAAGCCAGCAUUUAUAGUUUCUCAGCCUGCAUAGUGCACAAAGCACAAGUUUGUUGCAAAUUGAUACAGGCAAAGCGAAAGGUUGCACUCGUGGAGAUUUUAUUUCCACAGUGAAGGAAGAGAUGGGAGAUGUGAAAUGUUAGCAUGUUAGCAACCAAACAGUCUUCUCAUCCCAACAGUGGGAAUGACAGGCAUAUCAGAAACCUCUGCAAAGGUUUUACAUCACCAUGUACAGGUACUUGGACACAAUCAUGGUAUGAUAAAAGAUUUGUCUGUCACAGAAGACUAUACAGGAGAUGACAGGCCUGUAGGCUUGUUGCAGAGGCCACACUGAUGAAAUCUGUGACUUCGGGAAGAUCCCGUAAAUUUUUUUCCAUAAAAGGAUGAUUCUGUUGUGUUCCCUGACUGUUAUACACCCAAGAGCAUUGAACAGUACUGGUGAUAUCAGUUUCAGUGUUAAGAAGGUGUGAACAUGUGAAACAAGAAGCUGAGGACAUGUUAAAUUUGCUAUCCAUUACUUGAACUGAACAUUGUGUUCAAGGGAAAUAAUGGAUGACUCUAGGGACUGGCCCUUUGUGAACUGUACAAUGUGCAAUAUGAGUACCUGGAACGACACAUAUAACAUCACAGAUGGACCAAAUCUUGAUCCUGGUAUAGAUGAGGAGAUCACCAACUUGUCACCGUCACUUGUCGUUCUGUUGUCAUUUCUCAUGAUCCUGAUGAUCCUGAUCACAGUCCUGGGAAACAGCAUCGUGUGUCUGAUCGUGUUCCAGAAGCCCGUCAUGCGAUCUGCCAUCAACCUACUGCUGGCAAACAUGGCUGCAGCAGACAUCCUGGUCGGCGUACUGUCCAUGCCCUUCACUCUGAUCGCGCUCAUCGCCGGAGACUGGCUUCUCGGAACAGUUUUCUGUCAGAUCCACGCGUUCCUCUACACCGUCUGCGUGAUCGAGGGGAUCCUGAUCUUGGUCACGAUCAGCGUGGAUCGCUACAUGAUCAUCGUGCGACGUAAAGACAAGUUGAACACGACACGUGCCAAAGUGCUGAUCGCGGUGACGUGGAUUUUCUCCAUCGUGGUGUGCUUCCCUCCCCUGGUUGGAUGGGGUCACCUACAGUACCUCCCCGGGCAGGCUCAGUGUCGGUUAGUGAGUACAGGCCCUGCUGACAUGGUGUACUCCCUGCUGCUCGUCCUGGUGCAGUUCUUCCUGCCAUUCUUUGCCAUGCUGUAUUCCUUCAUGUGCAUCAUCAGCACGGUCCGGAAGAACUCCAUGCGCAUCAUGAACCAGCCGGAGUGCCUGGCCGUGACCCAGUCCAGCCGGCUGGGUCUGCAGGUGGUCCAGGCCCGCGCGCGCAAGCUCAACGUGGACAUGAGCUUCAAGACGCGAGCGUUCACCACCAUCUUUGUCCUGUUCAUCAUCUACGUGCUGUGCUGGGCGCCGUACGCCGUCGUGGAGGUCGUCCACGCGUCGUGGGUCAACGCCAAACAGGCGCUGGGCAUGGUGACCUUUGACUCUAUCGUGUUGUGGAUCUCGUAUCUAAACUCCGCCAUCAACCCCAUGGUGUACUGCUGGCGCAUCAAGAAGUUCCGCGAGGCUGUUCGGGAGUUGAUGCCGUCGCUCAAGUUUCUGCCAAAGUUGCCCGGGCGUGUCCACCGCCGUAUCCGACCUGGUGCCAUGUACGAGUGUAACGCAAGUGAGACGUCCACGGUAUAAUUCACAACUAAGAUUGGACAGUCGAAUGUUAAUGAACAUUUGUACUAGCUUGUCAAAGGAUAAUCACAAAUUUAAAAUAGCUGUUCAACUGGGAAAUCAGUUGAUCAUCACACUCAGAAAAACAAU